UUUUACUGGUGAGGAAAGGGAGUCACUCGAUCCUCAAGAAAAUCAUGUUUAUUGUAAAUUGACUAAAUCAACAGCAAUAAUCUAGUACUUCAAUUUUUCAUGGAGAGUGGGUGGGAAGGAGAGCGAAGAUAGAGAUGGGGGCCCAUUUUUCUUCCUCUCUUUCCUAGACCACACAUUGUCUUCCAUUCUUGAGCAGGCCCCUCUUUUCUCAUCUGGGGCAAAAACUAAAGAAUGAUUUCAUUACUCUGCCUCCGGGGCUGCCAGGCAGGAAACGCUCCCAGUGCUCGGAUAAGCCUGCCUUUGGAAAAGGGAAAAAAAAAAAAAGGAAAAGGAAAAGAAAAAAAAAAAGGAACAAAGCCAGUAAAACUUGACCAGAGGCGCUAGCUCUGAGCCCAGUAGGAUUACUACAGGUUUCUAGUUUCCUAGAAACAUGGAUCCGACCCCCACAUAGCAGGACUUGUGGGCGGUGUUUUUAAAUAUAUGCUAAUACAGCUGACAGGAGGUGCUGCCCGGGCUCGCUCUCCCCUAGUCUUCCCUGACAGCGAACCGGGAGGGAGAAGCUGGUGGAGACUGGGGCUCCGACGUGCGUGGCCUUGGGCCGCCCAGGGGUCAGCGGAGCCACUAAAGUUCGCCCAUGCUGGCCUUUGCCUUUGUCAUUUGGCGGUAGGGGGGACCUGCGCCUCUGAGAAUGGAGAUCAAGGACUCCGGGAGCGUGGUUCUGACAGCCUACCAUUCUUACGCGCCGUCUAGGAUACCUAGAAUUGAGCCGAGCUUCGUGCCGGAGAUCGCGGCCCCCUCGGCGUCCAGUCACCCCAUCAGCAGCAGAAAAUCUAUCCCUCGCUGCCGAAGAAUUAACAGAAUGCUGUCCAAUGAGUCCCUCCAUCCUCCUACAUUUAGCCGGUCCAACUCCCAAGCCUCCGUAGAUAGUACUUCAAUGGAGGAUUUCUGGUGUGAAGUUGAAAGUAUUAAAGAAAACAGUGAGAGUGGACAGGAAGAACAGAUAGUUACUGAGGUCAAGCCUGCUGAUGAAGGAGAACUUGAAGCAGAGUGGUUGCAAGAUGUUGGUUUAUCAACACUUAUCUCAGGAGCUGAAGAGGAAGAUGGGCAGGCUUUACUCUCCACCUUGACUCGAACCCAGGCAGCUGCAGUCCAAAAGAGAUAUAACACAUAUACUCAAACCAUGAGGAAAAAGAAUAAACACGCAGUGAGGGAUGUCCGAGAUAUCUUUGGAGUUGCUGAAUCUCCCCCUUCAUUUGAACCUGUUCCAGUAUCUCUUGUUCCUGCAAAUGGUGUACAGGUGCCAGGAAAGAAGCCAGUUUGGAAAGCAGUUAAUUCCAACAGUUGUCUUGACUGUGGAUUAGAUAAAGACACUCCAUCAGUAGCAGAAGAAUUAUCCUUUGAGAUAUCUUUCUCAGAGUCCAUCACAGAGAUUCCCAAAGAAAAAGAAGGUCUUAAAUCACAAAGGUUUAAAAAAGAAGAUUCUUCUUUAACUAAAUUCAUUGUUCGAAAAAGCAGAUUUGGUUUAACUGAAGUAGGAGAUCUGUCUGUUGAAGACAUGAAGAAGAUUCGUUAUCUCUCUCUCAUCGAAUUGACAGCCUUUUAUGAUGCUCUGGGGAUUGAACUGAAGAGGGACCGAACAGACAAAGUGAAAGGACGAGAAAAUGGACUUUUUGGUGUUCCACUUAAUGUCCUGUUGGAAAACGAUCAAAAGAAGUUCCCUGGAAUUAAAGUUCCUCUUAUCUUCCAAAAACUUUUGCAGAAACUUGAAGAAACAGGCUUGGAAACAGAAGGAAUUCUUCGAGUUCCAGGAUCUGCAUCCAGAGUCAAGAAUCUCCGGCAAGAACUUGAAAGCAAAUUUUAUGAAGAUACAUUUGAUUGGGACCAAGUCCGCAACAAUGAUGCAGCAGGACUGCUAAAGAUGUUUAUCAGAGAACUCCCCAGCCCUCUCUUUACUGUGGAAUAUCUGCCUGCCUUCAUUGCCUUGGUGGAAAGAAUCUCCAAGAUCAAAUUGCAAUUACAAGCUUUGCACCUUUUGAUCAUGCUUCUGCCUGAUGCCAACAGGGAUACUGCCAAGGCCUUCCUGAUAUUCCUCAAGAAAGUGGUUGCUAAUGAAGGGAAAAACAAAAUGAGUUUGUGGAAUGUUUCCAUGAUUGUUGCACCAAAUCUCUUCAUCUACAAAGGCAAACGCUCCAAUCAAGAAGAGAUGCAGGCAGCUGCUACUACUGCACACAUUGUACGGCUCUUGAUUAGGUACCAGGAUAUUUUGUGGACGGUCCCAUCUUUUCUGAUCACUCAAGUGAGAAAAAUGAAUGAGGCAGCAAUUAACAACACGAAGAAGCAACUGAUAUUUGACAAAAGCGUGAGGAAACUUCUCAGAAGGAAAACUUUGGAACGAGAAAGACCUGAAAAAAUAGAGGCUCCCAGUCCUAGGACUUCAAAGACUCUACCAACUUCACCAUCUUCAAGAAGGAAGUCUGAUAUACCUGAAGGAGUUAUAAGAGUACAUGCACCUCUUCAUUCUAAGGUGUCCAUGGCCAUUCAGCUUAAUGGUCAGACCAAAGCCAAAGAUAUCCUGGCUCGAUUUCAUUGUGAGAACAGCCACGAUUCACCUAGUAGUAUUAAGACACAGAACCAAAGUUUAUAUGAAAUCGGAGGCAAUAUAGGGCAGCACUGUUUAGAUCCUGAUGCCUACAUGUUGGAUGUGUAUCAUGUGAACCCUCAUGCAGAAUGGGUGAUAAAACCAAAGACAAGUUGAAACUUGAGGAAAUGCUCUUCUUCUGAGGGAAAGGACUCAAACUUGUAUUUUCUAGGUCAAGAAAGUUCAGAGUACGGUGGAAAACCAAGUGACUGCUUUCGACUUUCUCUGUCCUUCCCAGCCCUCUCAGUUUUGAGACACUUCUCCAAGUCAGAGGGAUAGAUAUCUUCAUUGGUUACCAACCUGCGAACUUUGAGAUAAUCAUCAGUUGUAACCACCUAAGUAAGAAUUUUUUUAUGCCAGUUACUUGACCUACAAAGGAAGGAUGAUGGUACUUUCAAAAAGAGGCCAAUCUGAACAAUGGAAAGUUUCAUCCUUUCCAGGAUUUUGUCUUGAUAAUUAAAGUAAACUUGGAUGCCUGUCUUAUUCAUCUUACAGCCUACCAAAUGUAGCAAACACUACCAAAUACAAGAGACAAGGGGUGGAAAGGGGCUGCCGCGGCAAUUUUGCUAAUAUGCCAAAGCAAGAUUCUUCAUCACCUUUAUAUGUAUAUAAAUAAUAACAACAUAGGGCUGCUUUUCAUAAAAAGAAUAAUGGAAAUGCCCAGGGUAGUUGUGCUGCUUAAAUGCGAUUCUUCUAUCCAAACAAAACUUAUUCUGAAAGUAAAGUAUACAAUAUUUAUGCUCCUGACUCACUCCUCAUUAUUUGGUUAUUUUGAGGAGAAAGAACUACUGUUUAAAACAACCUGUACUGUUUAUGUUGUACUGUAUUGUCAUUCUCAUCAUUCUGAUACCAAUGUGUAUUUUUGUGUGUCUGAACAAAUUGAAUUUUUUUUUUUUUUUGAGCUUUUCAUUUUACAUUAUAGACAUAGUCCCUGAGCAAAGCAUUGUCAGACUUAGGGUGUGUCUAUCCUUUUCUUUCUUCUUUGUAAACAUCAGUGCAUUCUGUUCCCUAAUUACUAUUAUAUUAUUUGAUGAAUGUCUUUCUAUGUGCCAGUCAUUGGGUUCCCCCCCCCAACAUUUCCUUAUCUAUAUUUUAUGACCAUUCUUAAUUUUAUAACCACAGUUUUGAAGAAACAGUAUUGUUUUUAUCCAGGCCUGGGAAAUACAGUUGCCUCUGGGUCUUACAUAAUUAUUAAGGUCAUUUUUCACCUUUGAUCAUCAAUCACAGGCAUGGUUAAGCACAAUUGUUAAAUUAGGCAAUAAAAAUCUAUGUAUGUUGAGUAAGUUGAGUAUCAUAUAUUUUCCAAAUCUGAAAUCAGUCAGAGCAGUUAUUCACCAAUCCUCCUCCUUUAGGAAAGAGCAAAUGCAGUUUAAGAAAUCCUAUAAUAUUGGUUCAUCUUUAGAUCCUUUUGGAUCAAUUAAAGAUGGCUAUAGUUUCAGAAUUGUGAAAAGAUUUCUUGGGAUGCAUUUUGAUCUUAUAUUGUCCCAUUUGCCCCUUCUCCUAUAAACAAACUGUAGGUCAUCUUUCAACCUUUGGUUUGGGAUCAACAGAUAAUGGAUUUGAGAGAUUAUUUUGGAGUUAUAUAUGCCAGAUCCUAGAUCUAAAAGCUUCCUUCUAUUGCAACAAAGCAUUGCCUGGAACUCUGCAAAAGUUUUACUUUUUUUUUUUUUUACAUAGUUUCUCCUUUUAAAUUUCAGGUUUUAUUGUAUUCAUAAUAUCUGCCAACAUUUGUAAUAAAACUUUAAAAUAUACCUGUGUGUUCCUAAAAAAAAAAAAAAAAAGAGUAUCUCGUUUUCCCUAUGUAAAUAGUUGUAUUUUCUGGCAAAAAAAAUGGUUAAUUUGGUAUGUUAUUUUGAAGUAAAAUAUCCCCAAAUCAGAUUCCAAAGAUGUUCGAUUCCACAAUUCGAAAGCAUCCUAAAAUUUUCCUACAAUUGUCAUUGUUCUACUGUUUAAAAUAAGGGAUUUAGGAGAAAGAAUAAUGUUUCUGUCAUCAUCUACUUUUGCAAAGUUUUACAACCCAAAGAUUUAAUCUGAAUCAAUUAUUUCAUUCACUUCUCUUUGCUCAAGAAAAUAUCCAUCUGUCACUAAAAAUUUCUAACUUCUGAGGGAGGGGGAAAAGCCUUCCCUCUAAAUUAUCUCAUUAGCACUAUUGCAUCUGAUUUGAAUGUGUAGUUGUAAAGCUCUAACUAUUGUUAAGAGAGGAUUUUGGUAGUGCAGAUCACAGGUAGCAAGACAGAGGUAAAAUCAAAUUUGGCCCAUUGGACUUGGGUUCAGGUACCCCUGACUCUUGCAUUAAUUAUGUAGCCUUGAUUUAAGUCAAGUUAACUUAAAUCUUGUUACUGAAACUAUAUAAGUUUCAGAGAAGAUGCUGAUUUGCAAUUAGUAGAGUUUCAUCAUCUAGAAAUUCUUUACAUCAGUAGAAUCACAGGUUUUGUGCUCCUCUCCUUAUGUUUAUAUUUCUUAAUUAGUCCUCUAAAAGAGGUAAUUUGCUCAUUUGAUUCUUGGUGACUAAAUCUAUCCUUAAAAAUAGAAUGGACUUUUUUCUGGGACAACAGCUGGAUUGAAGAUCCUUACUUUUGACUCUGAAGAACUCAUCACCUAUAUUAGAAGCACUGUUUUGUCAAUAUAUUUACUAUUCUUUGGCAACCAAGCUGCAAAGCUAAAGGUUUACCUGCUAACAGGAGAUAAUGUUACCUAAAAGGGAAACAUGAUAUUUCUAUAAUUCUGUUUGAAUUUGUAAAUUCCAUUCCCCAGCCACCCCUAACACUUUUAUUAUCUAGGCUCUUGGGGAAUUGCGAGAUAGCCGUGUAAGGUAAUGUUAGAAGAAGGGAAAUGAUUUUAAGAGAACUUGACUCUGAGACUCCAUAGCUGCCUUAAAUGUUUUUCCUUCCUCAUUCUGCAAAAAAUAUAAAAAUAAAAAAAAUGAAGGCUUAUUUUGCUCGCCAAAACACUUUGUUUGGCGUAAUGGUUCUAGGAAUCAAUGACCUUUGAAGCAUACUGGAACCACUCAUUGUCAUUACAAUGUACAUACAAAAUAAACUACCUCACUCGCCUUACUCAGAUAAAAAGCAUAGUGGAUUAUGAUAGCUUUUGUUAUGAAGUGUCCCUGAGUCUUCUUAUUUAAUGUCAACCUUGUUUUGCUUUUGAUAUUCCUAGUUUAAUGAUGCACAAGAAAUGAGCAAAUGCUCUGAAUACCAAAAUAAAAUAUUCUGUGAAUGUCGUGCUCUGAAAGAGUCGGUGCCGAAAACAUAUUCUCUCUGUCAUUAAUCAUUUGUUUCUAGCCAUGUUCAGACAACUGGGAGUGAAUCCCAGGAGUUCAAAUGAGGGAUUAAGAAAAAAAAAUUAUCUUUUCUUCCAGGCAUUUUUCAACUUUUUUUCACAAUGUCUUACUGGGUUGGAAAAUAACAUCAUGCCACUCAUUAAAGCCAAUUGUUUGUAUAUUUCUGACCCACACGAAAGGGAAAUAUGGAUUGUUUGUUACAAUAACUUCCAUUGUAGUUAUAAUAGCAUAUUUGUAAAGUACAUUGUGUACAUUGUAUUUUAACCAUAAAAAUAAAAAAUAAAACUCCAA